GGACCCCACCCCGCGCCGCUUGCUUUCCUCCUGGGCCGCCCCAUAUAAAGGUGGCGGCGGCGCGGCCUCUCGCCACUCGCUCAUACCCUGACCAAGGAACCGGCGCGCGUCCUCUUUCAAAGAUGAAGUUCCUGAUCGUGGCCCUUUCUGUGUCGCUGACCCUCGCGUUGGCCGCCGACGAGAAACCCGCCGGCGAAAGACCAAAGACCUUCCGCAGACUCAUCCCCGCUGACGUCCUCAGAGACUUCCCCGGAAUGUGCUUCGCGUCGACGCGCUGCUCGACCAUCGAGCCGGGCAAGUCGUGGGAACUGGCGCCGUUCUGCGGCCGCUCGACGUGCGUGGCCGAGGAGGGCCGCCUGCUGGAGCUGGUGGAGGACUGCGGCCCCCUGCCCAAGCCCAACCCCAAGUGCAAGUUGUCCGACAAGACCAACAAGACGGCCGAGUUCCCCGGCUGCUGCCCCAUCUUCGAGUGCGAAGAGGGCGUCAAGCUCGAGUUCCCCGAACUCCCCGUCCCCGCCGCCGCCCCCGAGGCCGCCGCCACCGAAAAGCCCAAGGCCUGAGAAAAAACAAACUGCGCGAUUGACUCUAUUUAUUGAAGAAAAACAAAAGGGAAAGAAAGAGAGCUGGCAUUAAUUUUUUUAACUGAAAAAUUUGUAAUUUUCCUCUGACGAACGAAAAGUCGAGACAGGGUUGUAAACUGAAAAAUUCAUCCAAAAAGGCACGUCUCAUUCAAACCGAAAUAUCAAAUGCGACAAACAUGUGAUCCUCAGCUAAUUAUACAGUUGAAGUACUUUAUUACUUUUUUUUAACAUUUUUGCAUUUUAUACGAAUAAAAAAACGUCUAAAAUCAA